UUUUAGAUUUAACAUUGCGUGGAGUAGUUUCCUCCGAGGGAAUCUGUGCUGCGCAGAUGGCGUCUACUAUGUUCCGUUUGUUACACCUACCUGGAAGGAUCUUACCACAAUCGCGCCAACUUUCUUCAAACGUCUCCAGCAUUCCGCAAAUAACCUGUUCCUCCCCAGCCAACAUGACUGACGAACCUGUCCAAAUUGCAGACCCUUAUAAAAAGAACAAAAGGAAGUGCAUGCUAUGUGUGCACAAUAUUGAACUGGAUUACAAGAAUGUGCGACUCUUAUCCCAAUUUGUUUCACCCUACACCGGUAGGAUUUACGGAAGACAUAUUACUGGACUCUGUAUUCCGAUGCAAAAGAGGAUCUCACAGUUGAUCACCCGAUCCAGACAGUUUGGUUUCAUGCCGUUUGAAAACAAGGAAACCGUGUUUAUGAAGGACGCUCGAAUAACCAAUUCUGCAAGUUGAUUUGCAGUAGCCAAACCCCUUGAAUGUGAAAUUGCUGUGUAGGCAUUUCUCGUUCCAUAAAGAAAACCAACAGCGUUCUUUUGUACAUAGUGGCAGUAUGAAGCCUCCGUAGUCAUUUCUAUUUUCCAAUAUACCACUCCGGAAUAAGUAAGAUUUGAA